AUGAACAAGAAGGUGACUGCUGAAUACAUAGCCGAGAGGUAUUUGGAAGAUUUCAGAGGACCUUGUGCGUGGAAGAUUAUGCAGGUACAAGAGAGGGCGCACAAGGACUUGGGGAUUGAGAUUAGAUACUAUAAGGCUUUUCUAGCUAGGUGUAGGGCUAAUAUAAUCAUUUGUGGAUCGGCAUCUGAGCAAUAUGCUAGGGUUUGGGAUUACGCUAGGGAUGUGAUGGAAUGCGACCCCAGAACUGGAUGUCAAGUUGUUGUUAAUGGAAUUGAGCAGCCCGAACCUCCACGAUUUCUUAGAAUGUUCAUUUUCCUUGCUCCGCUAAGGGAUGGGUUUAGAAAAGGGUGUAGACCUAUCAUUGGGGUAGAUGGAUGUCACCUUAAGGGAGCGUACCCCGCACAAAUCCUUGUGGCAGUUUCUAAAGAUGGGAAUAACAACAUUUUUCCAAUGGCCUGGGCCACUGUGGAGAUUGAAAACAAGGAAACAUGGGAGUGGUUCUUGGAAGCUUUAAUGAGUAUGUUGGGAGGUGUUCAAGGUCUUGGCUUCACCUUCAUGUCUGACAGACAAAAGGGUUUGUUGGAAGCUUUCCAAAAUGUUGUACCGAAAGCCGAGACAAGGUAUUGCUUAGACUUUGAGGUAGCUAUGGAAUGCAUUAACUUUUUGUCUGAAGAUGCACAUGAGUACCUAGCAAACAUCCCCACCCAACAUUGGUCUAGGCAUGCCUUCUCCCCAAACUGCAAGUCGAACAUGUUAUUGAAUAACAUGUGUGAGACUUUCAACGCAGUGAUUAAGGAAGCUAGAGAAAAACCUAUUCUUACCCAAAUGGAAUGGUUAAGACGAUACAUGAUGAAAAGGAGCAACGAUAAGUGGGAGGCAACCAAAAAAAUGGAAGGGAACCUAGUGCCUUAUGUGAAAAGUGUUUUCGAUGGAUUUGAGAAGUUGGAUAGGUCAUGCAUAGUGCAAGUAUCAAGGGGUGAUAGUUAUGAAGUGGAGUUAAAGGGUGAUCAAUGCGUAUUUGUGCAGAUAUUUUUCUGUCGUACUUUGUUCUUGCUUCUGCCGUACUUUGUGGUUGAUGCUGCUAUUCUGUGUUGCUCCUGGAUAGUUUGGUUGGUUGCUGACUGGAUAGGGGUUAUUGGUUUGGGUGCAGUAAUAAGGGAUGAUGCCGGAGUGCGGCUUGUUGUGGGUGUGAAACGGAUUAAUGCUCAUUGA